AUGUCCAGCGACCCCAGCCACACCAUGAAGUGUGAAGAGCCAGAUGAGUGCACCCAACCCACCGAACCCAACAAACCCAUCGAGCUCAACAAAAUCAUCCAGUCCAUCGAGCCCAUCUGGCCAAUCAUACCCCUCAAUCUCAAGCGAUAUUUCCCACGCAGCAAAAGCGAGAGCUACGGAUUCGAACCCUUCGAAGCCAGCCCAAACCCCGAAAAAGAGAGCGACAGCUCUGACGAACAGCUCUUCCAAGCGCAGAAGCUCUACUUCCGGGACCACACCAACCGGAGAACGCGAUACCUCUGUCUAAUCAUCAUAUACGGCCAUUCUUCCCACGAGGAAGCAUGCAAAGAGGCCUUACGAAUAUCCUGGCAUCGCAAUAGGAAGAAGAUGUCCUCAAAGGUGAUAAUGGGACUUAUCAUCGAUGAAGAGAAACAGGCGUGGUUCCGCGGGAGUCAUACUGACGAGACGUAUAUCAAGAAGAUGGGCAGAAAUUGGGUUGCGAAUAAUGAG